AUGGAGAAUAAUUACUCGACUCCCAUCUCCCCUCAAUCGCCAAAUGUCUUUCGACCCCGCCGAUCGGACGACUGGCACGAAUAUCGUGAAAUCAUCGAACAGCUCUACCGCAACGACCAGUUGAAACUACGAGAUGUGAAACGAAUCAUGGAAAGGGAUUAUAAGUUCUUUGCAUCAGAAAAACAAUACAAAGAUCGUCUUGCUGCAUGGCAUGUUCGAAAGAACAUCAAAGCAAAAGAAGUCCAUCUCAUGCUUCGCAAGCAACAGAAGCGCGCUGCCCAAGGCAAACAGACAGCCUUCCGGGUAAACGGUCAGAAUGUCGAUCCAAAACGUAUCGCCCGCUUCGUACGUCGCUAUGGGACAUCAUGGGAUACCAAUCGAGGCAAAGAGCCAGAGACUGAGCCACAAAGCCCUGAACCUCAAACACCCUCCGACAUGACCUGCUAUACACCAGAACCAACAGACGAACACAGCAUCACCACCCCCAUCUCACCACUCCCCGACAUGCAAUCGCCAACUCAAGAGAUGCCGCCCUACCCGCUCGGCUCAUACGGUAAUUCCACAGCCGUUCCGGUGAGUGUGUAUGUACCGAAUGAUAUUGAUGGAAGAUAUUUCGCUCUAGACCCAAACCACCUCGAAAACCUGCCCGAUCUGGAACUGGAAGAAUCACCGGCCAUGCCCAUGUCCAUGCAUUCAACCCAGCAUUCAUCCCAGCCACGUCAUAUCCAGUCCUACCACCAUUCAAUAGGGAACCAUCUCUCACACGGUGCACAUGCUGCACAUGCUGCACAUGCUGCACAUGGGUCUCACACCUCUCACGUCUCGCACGGUGUACACAACUCUCACGACUCCCAUGCUGUAGGUGUACAAGGUGUGCACAGUGCUCAAGGCGUGCAAGUGGUGCAGGGUGUACACGGUUCGCACUCUGCGCAUGGUCACCCUGGACCUGCGCCAAGGGAUCUCGAGGAUGCUCCUGGUGAAGAAGAUACCCACCCUCCUGACUGGAAUACGGUUGAAUCGUUCCAGAACAGGUUGCAGAAUUUGGAUUAUACACUUACGCAAUCGAUGUCGAAGUGGGCGAGGGAUCAGGAUCCUAAUCAGGAGAUUCCUCAUCAUGAGGGAUUGGGGAUGUGA